CUCUUUGCGAUCUUCUAUUCUCCAGGCGAAGGUCCAGUGCUGUUGACGUACUCCACAGAGGCAUUCCCUCUCUGUAUCCGUGAUAUCAGCAUGUCCUUUGCUACUGCGACCACUUGGUUCUGGAACUUCAUUCUGUCAAUCACUUGGCCUUCGCUCGUCUUGGCCUUCAAACAACAAGGUGCCUUCGGCUGGUACGCAGCAUGGUGCUGUAUUCUCUGGGUGCUCAUCUUGUUAUUCGUGCGCGAGACGAAAGGCAAGACCCUGGAGGAGCUCGACCAAGUUUUCGCUGUCCAAUCGUAUUUGUAUUUCGUACUAUUAAUAGUAAUGAUAGCAACUUGA